CUCCAAAAACCCAGCUCUCCUAUAUUUUUGUCUAUAUAUAUCUAGCCAGAGAUCCCCUUUUUUCAAACAUCCUCAACAGACACAUUCACUGUCUCCCACCGGCCACUGCUUUUCUUGAAACUCUUUGGCUUCAAAAUAUGAAGAACAUCAUGAAGAAUCCAGCUGCCUUUAUAUCAAGCUUUUUAAUCUUCCUAGUUCUUUUCUCAUGUCUAACAUCAACCGCAGCUCAAGAAGUUGAAAAUGAGAGAGAGUUCGAUUAUGCAGAAGGGAGCGAGAAGGGGCCACGUCAUUGGGGAGAAAUCCAUGAAGAAUGGGCGUCUUGCAAUAAUGGAAGCAUGCAAUCUCCCAUAGAUAUGUCAAGUGAGAGAGUCAAAUUGAUUCCCAAGUUAGGGAAGCUCAAGAGGAAUUACAGGUCUUGCAAUGCCACUGUCAAUAACAGGGGCCAUGACAUUUCUGUACAUUGGAUAGGUGAUCGUGCAGGAUCAAUACAGAUCAACGGCACUGAUUACUUUCUCAAGCAAGGCCACUGGCACUCCCCUUCUGAGCAUUCCAUCAAUGGCAGGAGGUAUGAGUUGGAGCUUCAUAUGGUACACGAAACCUUGAACCCAGGUGUAAAAAAAAUUGCUGUCGUUGGACUCUUCUACAAGAUUGGCCCACCCGAUGCUUUCCUCUCAAAGUUGAUGAGAAGCGUAAAUUCCAUGAUUGAUAAAAAGGAUCAAAGAAAGAUGGGGGUGAUUAAUCCUGCAGAAAUCAAAAUGGGUGGCAAGAAGUACUACAGAUACAUUGGCUCACUCACUAUUCCUCCGUGCACCGAAGGCGUUAUUUGGACUAUCAAUAAAAAGAUAAGGACGGUUUCAAGAGAGCAAGUGAAGUUACUUAGAGAGGCGGUCCAUGAUUAUGCUGAGAGGAAUGCAAGACCAGUUCAACCACUCAAUCAUCGUGAGAUCCAGCUCUAUAGCCCAAAACCAUAGAUCUAGCUAGCAGCUUCUAAUGAUGUUUUAUGUAGAUCAUCAGACAGCUUCCGAUUACUAGAUUCUUUUCACACAUUUUAUGAUGUAAAAGGUUUUAGCAAACAUUUUAUAGUACAAUAUGAUCAACAACUUUAGGUUUUGUUGGUCGGUUGAUGGAACCAUACCCUGCUGCCUUUGAAUUUUAUUUUAUUUAUUUUUAAUUUAUUUAGAAUGAGUCGAUCUUCACUACUUCUUCAACUUGGACUUGGGGUCCUUCUGAUAGACUGACCUCUUUGUAGAGUAAUUCUCGUUUGUCGAGUGUGGAUUUUAGGUGUAUUGAAGUUUUAGGUUUUGAGUAGUUUUCUUCUUACUAUUCUUUGUACUCCAUCUUUUGAUAGUAAAUUUUUUUAAA